CGGACAGUGGUACUUGGCGACGCAGGCUAAUUGAACUGUUCGUUUUAAUUUUUUGGCAGGUGACAGGGACCUAGGGCAGGCAUGGCUGGCGCGGUCGCACCGAAGCGGCAGGACACCCGGAAAUUCUUCGAGAAUCUGUCCGGCGCUGGUAAAUCCAUCGCCGUCCUGACCAGCGGAGGAGAUGCCCAAGGUAUGAAUGCGGCGGUACGGGCCGUCGUCCGAAUGGGCAUCUAUGUGGGAGCAAAGGUCUACUUCAUCCACGAGGGGUACCAGGGGAUGGUGGACGGUGGAGACAACAUCAAAGAGGCGACGUGGGAAAGUGUCUCCAGCAUGUUGCAAGUGGGUGGCACAGUCAUCGGCAGCGCCCGCUGUAAAGAGUUUCGGACCCACGAGGGCCGCCUGAAAGCCGCACACAACCUCGUGCAGCGCGGCAUCACCAACCUGUGCGUGAUCGGCGGAGACGGCAGCCUGACGGGAGCCAACCUGUUCAGAGAGGAGUGGAGCGGCCUGUUGGAUGAGCUGCUGCAGCAAGGUCUGAUCGACGCGGAGGCAGCCCGCAGUAACUCGGAGCUCCACAUCGUCGGCAUGGUCGGCUCCAUUGACAACGACUUCUGCGGCACGGAUAUGACCAUCGGCACCGACUCGGCCCUGCACAGGAUCAUCGAGGUGGUGGACGCCAUCAUGACCACCGCGCAGAGCCACCAGAGGACAUUUGUCCUGGAGGUCAUGGGCAGGCACUGCGGAUACCUGGCCCUGGUCAGUGCCCUGGCAUGUGGAGCAGACUGGGUUUUCAUUCCAGAAAUGCCUCCUGAAGAUGGCUGGGAAGACAACAUGUGUCAGAAACUGUCUGAGAACCGCGCUGAUAAGAAAAGGCUGAACAUUAUUAUUGUUGCUGAGGGUGCCAUAGAUUGCCACAACAAGGCAAUAACUCCUGAUUAUAUCAAGGAUCUGGUAGUUCGCUGCCUGGGUUUUGACACCAGGGUGACCAUCUUGGGCCACGUGCAGAGAGGUGGGACCCCCUCUGCCUUUGACAGGAUCCUGGCCAGUCGUAUGGGCGUGGAGGCAGUGCUGGCGUUACUGGAGGCUUCUACCAACACCCCAGCCUGCGUGGUGUCUCUGGUUGGCAACCAGGCUGUUCGACUGCCACUUAUGGAGUGUGUUCAGAUGACUCAAGAGGUCCAGAAAGCCAUGGAUGAGAAGAAAUUUGAAGAGGCAGUGAGACUGCGUGGCAGGAGCUUUGAAAACAAUCUGAGCACCUAUAGGCUCCUCUCCUACCGGAAAGCAGAUUCUGAGCUUCCAAAUAGCUCCUUUAACGUUGCAGUGUUGAACGUUGGCGCCCCGGCGGCAGGCAUGAACGCCGCCGUGCGUUCUGCCGUACGAGUGGGAAUCACCGAAGGCCACAAAAUGUUUGCUGUCAACGAUGGCUUCGAGGGAUUCUACAAGGGACAGAUCAAGGAGAUCAAAUGGGGAGAUGUGGGUGGUUGGACUGGCCAAGGGGGGUCGCUGCUCGGGACCAAACGAACUCUGCCGGGCAAACAUCUGGAGAAAAUUGCCGAGCAGAUGAGGAUCAACAACAUCAACGCUCUGCUAGUCAUCGGAGGAUUUGAGGCCUUUGAGUCCCUGCUGCAGCUGUACGAGGCCCGGGCCGACUACGAGGAGUUUUGCAUCCCGAUGUGCAUGCUGCCCGCCACCAUUAGUAACAAUGUGCCCGGCACCGACCUCAGUAUCGGCGCUGACACGUCCCUCAACGCCAUCGUGGAGACAUGUGAUCGCAUCAAGCAGUCAGCCAGCGGCACCAAGCGGCGGGUCUUCAUCAUUGAGACAAUGGGGGGCUACUGUGGCUACCUGGCCACUGUGGGCGGACUGGCAGCGGGCGCCGACACCGUCUACAUCUAUGAGGAGCCGUUCGACAUCCGAGACCUGCAGGCCAACGUGGAGCAUCUGACCCAGAAGAUGAAGACGACCAUCCAGAGAGGCUUGGUGCUCAGAAAUGAGAACUGCAAUGAGAACUUCACCACUGACUUCAUCUACCAGCUGUACACUGAGGAGGGACGAGGAGUGUUUGACUGUAGGAAGAACAUCCUCGGCCACAUGCAGCAGGGAGGAGCUCCGUCACCGUUUGAUAGAAACUUUGGCACUAAAGUUGCUGCUAAAGCCAUUCAGUGGAUCACACGGACGCUCAAGGACUCUUACAAAGGAGGCCGAGUGUUCGCGAACUCAGAGGACACCGCCUGCCUGUUGGGGAUGCGUCGCAGAGCUCUGGUGUUUCAGCCGGUGGCGCAGCUCCGGGAUGAGACUGACUUUGUCCACAGGAUCCCGAAGGAGCAGUGGUGGCUGAAGCUGCGUCCACUGAUGAAAAUCCUGGCCAAGUACAAGACGAGCUACGACGUGUCCGACUCCGGGCAGCUGGAGCACGUGACCCGGAUCCGACCCAAAGAGAGCAACACCUCAGCGACCAUCUGAGCCGCCGGCGCUGCUGCCGCCGCUGGAGGAGAGCUUCACUCCAACAGCUUCACAGAACAGCGACAGCUACCCUCACAGUGACUGAUCGACCGCUGAUUGACUGCAAAUAAAUUAAGGUAGAUUUUAAAAAGAUAUUGAUGGUUAAGUCCCGGCACUUUUCAGAAGAGAUCUAUGUUUUAGAUAACGAAUUUGAGGGCAAGUCGUUUGGAAUAAAGCUCAAUACGUACUUUCAACCAGCCUGCAGAGCUGACAUUGUAUUUAUAGCACUCCUCAUUAUGUCCUGUUUAAGUAUUCACGUUUUAGUCCUGAAAAUGUAGCUUAUCGAGCUUUUUUUAAGCUGCCUAGCUGAGUACACAUCUGUGUUGUGUGAACACAGCGAGGCUAAACGGGGCGACGCUUUCAAAGCUUGUGUCAUUUCUGUUAUUUUCUUCAGCACUUUGAGUCCCGUAAGUAAUAUAAUCCCCAUAAAGCUGCUCGUAAAGACAGAUUACACGCAGGAGGAUCGCACACCUUGAAAAAACGUCUCCCGUCUUGAUUGUAAAACACUUUGAGAUGAAAACGUGACCUGCGGGAGGUGCAGUGAGCCGAGCUGGUCCUAUCACCUGCUAGCUGUGUGUGUGAGUGUGUGUUGUGGUGUUGCCUUUGCUGUCUGUACCCACCCUGGGCUUUGGAUGUGGCAUCUCGUAGUGGUGUUUGUGAGUAGGGUCCUGCUGUUGCUGUAGCUUGACAGUGAAGUGGAGGAUGUCUGAAACUUGUGUGCAACAUUAACUUUACGUGAUGGCAGCGUGAUGUGUCCUGUCACAGAGUAAUAAAGCAUUUAUUGUGUGGAAAGUUAUGGAAAUGUGUU